GAUCGCGAUUUAAUUCCUCCUUUCAGCCUAAAGAGGGCGCUAUACAAGCAGACCGCUAUAAAAAAAAAACUGGAACCACCAAACGGAUGAUCGUCGAUUCGUGAAACUUCUUUUGUUUUUUCGUCAAAAUCGUCUGCUUGUAUCGCUGAAACUGUAGAAUAAUCGGUUCUGUAACUUCGUUGGUUUAUUGUUUGUUGACAGAAGGUGCCUCCCAUUAAAUAUGGAGGAAACCUAUGAUGACGAAAGUGGGAGUGAAGGUGGCAGCACACCUGUCAUGGAUGAACACAGUGACGCUGAGGAGCAGGGUGAGGCUGAGCAGGGUGAAUAUAACCAGCAGAGCGACGCUGAAGAAAAUAGCGAAGUUGAAGCCAGCGACGCAGAAGUGAACGCUGGAGAUUUAGAGGAGGGUGAAUACGUCUCUGAAGGAGAAGGGGGUCGAUCAGACAACGAGGAGGUGGCUUCAGAUGGUGAAGUGGAAAGUGAGGACGACGGAGGAGAGCAACAGGAGCAACGAGAGAGUGACCAGGAGGCAGUAGAGGCUGAAGAGGGGGAAGAAGGUUAUCAGGAGGGUGGCGAAGAAGGAGAAGCGAGGGAGAGUGAUGGAGAAGAGGUGGAGACGGGGAGGAUAGAAGAUGAGGAAGAGGAGGUUGGAGCAGAGGAGGGGGAGGCUGAAGAUGGUGAGGUUGACUAUCAAGAUGCCUCGGAUAACGAGGAAGAGGAGGAACAAGGUGAGGUUGAGGAGGAUCAAGAUGGGGUAGAAGAGGAGCAAGAUGAAGGGGCGUAUGAGGCUGGAUCUGGUGAUGAGCAGCGAGGCAGCGACCAUGAGGACUGGGAGCAGGGGGAACAGAGUGAGGCAGAAGCGGAGACGAGAGAGGUUGGUGAGGAGGAGUAUGAACCUCAUGAGGACUACUCACCGGUAGGCUCACCGGGCGGGUCCCCGGAUGGGUCACCGGGCGUGUCCCCGGGCAGGUCACCCGUUGGGUCACCGCGCGGGUCGGAGGACGGUGUUGUCGAUGAAGACGUGGACAUGGAGCAUCAGGAAUUCAACGAUGAGGAUGAUGCCGAGAGGGACCAUGUGGAGAACAAUGCCGAACCUCAAGAGUAUGAGGAGGAUGAGAGAGGUAGUCCCGAGGCACAGAAUAAGGAAUGGCAGGAGGGUUAUCAAGAGGCAGCGACCUCACAAGAACAUGAAGCUGAUGCGCCUCAUGGUGAGCAGGAGUACGAGGAAGAGGGAGAGCGGUAUGAGGCACAGCAGGAUGAAGAGGAGGUAGACACAAGGAGGCAAACCACCUAUGAAGACAAUGAUGACAUGAUGGGCCCGGAAAGUCCAGAUCCUGAGCGACAGCAGACCUCAGAUGUUGAUGAGCCUUAUGAGCCUUAUGUUGAAGACGAAGACAAUGUGCCCUUAUAUGAUAACGAGGCCCCUGAGCAAGACGCAGCUGAAGCUGUAGAUUUCGUAGAGGCCGAGGAUGCUGCUGAGGGUGUGGUCGAAGUGGGUGUGGCCUACGAGGGUGUGGCUGACGGAGGUGAUGAAGACGCAGAGAUGGAGCAGCCCCACAGUCCAGCUGAAGCCCCCAACGAUACCUUGGACAGCGGGGACGAGAGUAAUGAAGAAGAGGCUGGUGUUGGGGAGCUCAUCGCGGACAUCUUUGGUUCCAGCGAUGAAGAAGAUGAUGAAGAAUUUGAGGGUUUCGGAGAGGCUGAGUUGGGACAGCCUGUUAAAAAGAAGCGAGCAGCUGUUCUAUCGAGUGAUGAUGAUGAUGACGAUGAUGGUGUGGAAGAUACCAUUGAGCAAGAGGGGGUUCCAGAUGAGGAGGAGGAAGAGGAGGGGCAAGGAGAAGGAGAGGAUGCUACUCCGGCUGAUGACGCGGCGGCGCAGGACUCAGACUCUGACGAAGGGGUUGUUGAUGGUGAUGAUGGGAAGUCAAAGGGGAGUUUUGUGUCGGACUUUGACCUUAUGAUGGAACGGAAGAAAGCAGAGAACCGAGCUCACAGAAAACGACGACGCGGCGGUGACAUCAUCAACGAUAACGAUGACAUCAUCGUUGCAAUGAUCAAACAAAUGAUGGAGGCAGCCAAGGAGGACAGACAGUUGAAUCAGCGACGGAAAGCUGCCACGAAAAAACUAACCAUGCUUCCAUCCGUCAAAUCACAGCUAAGAAAGCAAGAUUUACAGAUUGCGUUUCUGGAUUGCGGUGUACUGAAAGUAAUGAAGGAGUGGUUGAUGCCGCUGCCGGAUCACAGUCUUCCAAAUCUACACAUCAGAGAGACACUACUCAAAAUACUCAGGGAGUUCCCGCCGAUUGAUCAGCAUAUGUUAAAAACCAGCGGUAUCGGCAAAGCCGUUAUGUGCCUCUUCAGACAUCCGAAGGAGCUUAGACAUUGCCGAGAUCUAGCUGGGAGAUUAAUAAAUGAUUGGUCAAGACCGGUUUUUGGAGUCGAGGCAAACUUUCAUUCCAUGACGAAGGAAGAAAGGCAAGAGCGAGAUUUAGCGCAGCUCUCCGCAGUCAAGAAACGAAGAUUAAGUUCAACAGAAGGGACAACUGUCACGCCAAAAAGUAUAGAUACAGCACUUACGGGAGAAGAAAGAGCCUUGAGACCUGGUGAUAAGGGUUGGGUAGGCAGAGCUAGGGUACCUCUGCCCUCGACCAAGGAUUACGUCGUCCGACCAAAGUGGAACGUAGAGAGAGAAUUCUCAAAGAGCGGGAAAAAGGAGCCUACCAAACUGGACAAACAUCUGAAACGGUUUAAAGACGCCAAGGCACGGAGUAAGAACAAGAAUCCUCGAGCAAUCUCCAUCAGCAUUGAGGGAAGAAAAGUUGCUCUUUAAAAAUCUUCCGUUCAGAGUAGAUUAUUUACUUCUUGGGCAGGCUCCCUGUCUGCUGUGAAAUGGUUAUAGUACUAACGGAGGAAAUCUUCCGUUCAGAGUAGAUUAUUUACUUCUUGGGCAGGCUCCCUGUGUGCUGUGAAAUGGUUAUAGUACUAACGGAGGAAAGGGGCCAGGCUAUUCAAUAUUUCAUGCUCUACAGCAGUGGACCUUUUCUUUUGCGACAACGUCACAUCCCAGGUGUUCACCAGCUGAGGUUUGAAAACUACGGAAAGCCAUAAAUGCAAAACAAAAACAGAUAGCCACAGUUAUUGUCCCACAACUAUUCAAAUAGUGUUGAAUUUGUUGAAAACAAAGCAACCAAUGAUGGGAGGUGUUUUAUGUUAUUGGAAGUUUGCGGAGUGCAGACAAUAAUUUUGAAUUUGGUCAGAACAUCUGAUCACGAGGAUGAUUGUUUUGCUAACAAAGUUUUGUUAUUUGCUAAGCUGAAUUUGGUUGGGAACCAGCCAAGAGUAAUGAACAUUGCAUAUUUUUGGGGCAAAUGACUUAUUUCAGCUAGGCAGGGCUUGAACAGCCUCACAAAUUUGACUGAGUACUACUGUUAGAAUUCUUGAAUUGUGUUUGUCAAUUUAUUCCACAUUUUGAAUUUAUUAUUUUUUAUUUUAGAUUUCAGUCGCCAUAUUUUUGUUUUAUUUUCUUUAGGAGAACACUGAAGUUUUAAUUAAUUUGAACCAAAUUCAUAUUGAUUUUUAUCCCAUUAAAGACGCUGGACACUAUUGGUAAUUGUCAAAGACCAGUCUUCUCACUUGGUGUGUCUCAACAUAUGCAUAAA